AACAAGGUUAAAAUGGAGCUGGCCAGCGCCCAUCGGAAGGUGCAAGAGGCCGAAAGUUGAUAGAAGACGAGGAAAGAAGGCGUAUCGCGGAUCUUACCAAGGCUAUCUUGGAUCUUGGUCAUCUGAGCUUCGUGAUCAGUGGAGUAGUUGAAACAACUCAAAAUGGGUAGAGAGAAAGGUGAUGGAAGAAAGAAUUGCAGCAGCAGCAGCAGUUGCCCACAUCCUCAGAACAAGCGCCAAAGCGGUGACUGUAUAGGGUACCUCCCUGAAGAUACGUUGAUUGAUAUCCUCACUUGGCUUCCUGCUGAAUGCCUCCUUAGCAGUGCAAGGUAUACUUGCAAAUAUUGGGCUACCCUGAUCCGCAGUUCUACUUUUGCUGAGAAACAGCUCCUCCGGUCAAAACCUGGUAUUUUCCUUCAAAGCACAAAGCGUCCAUACGGUGCCCAAUUCUUGGAGGUUAAAGAUAAUGGGGAGUUUGGCGUGACUACUUUAAAUCCUGAUUUUCCUGGACGUUUUGUGAACAGUUGUGAUGGCUUGAUCUUACUCUACGAAAAUGCUACAGGAGUUCUUCAUGUUACAAACCCUGUUACCAAGCGUUGUGUUAAGGUUCGGCCCAUGUUACUCAGUCCCAAGCUGAUAUAUCCUCCAUGUGCUAUAGUGCGUGUUCCUCGCACUGGGGAAUUCAAACUGUUUGCAUCUCUUGUCCGAACUGAGUCUGAAGUUUGUUAUAACCACUGGCAUGUUCUUAGACUUGGGAAACAUUUUUCUUGGGAAAAAAUUGCUGUAGAACCCGGUGAUUUUAAGUUCAGAUGCAGCCCAAUUUACACCGGAGGCAAUGAACUUUACUGGAUUACAGAGCAGCGAGUGAUUGUGAUGGAUGUCGAUAAGGAAACAUUUCGGCAGUUUCUGCUUCCACAAGGACCUCAUCGAUGGCAUCCACAAUACUUGAAGAUGGAGAAUCUUCUCGCUUCCAUUAUCUUUGUGGGAGGAGAAGGAUUUCAAAUGCACAUAUUUGAUCCUGAUUCGGGAAAAUGGACCCUCCAUCAUGAGAUGAAAUACUUGGAUUAUCCUACGGGCGGCAUUGAAUUUCUAUCAGAAUUUUUCGCUGUGUGGAUCAACCAAGAACUGAUUAUUAAACUAAUACUUCUACCCACUUUGAAUACAUUAUUCUUCAGUUAUGAUAUGAAGACAGGAGGAAGGUUAAAAAAGGUUGACGCCAUCCAGGAAGGUUCAUUUGAUGUCGGUCUUCAUGCCAAUAGCCUCGUUUCGUGGAAGAAUACCCUGCCGUAGUCGAGCCCGCAUUCCUGACCCGCUGACUGAUGCUUUCCUCGGAAUAUAUGUAUUUUCUUUUUUAAUUUUUGGGCUUAUAGUGCGACUUUUAUAGUACUUUAUUAUGUGUAUCUUGGUUUUAAUAAGAUGCUGAGAGGAGAGCACGUUGUUCUGCAUCCAACACAGCUGAAUAUUAUCGUCUAACUGUUUUGAUCAUGAAAUUAUGUUAUUUUCAUGCUAUGCAACUUA